UUGUCAAGGAUUCGAGAUUCCAAAUAUUCCAAACAUACUGUAGAUCUUCAUGAGUUCUGCUUCGUCUGCAAGCUUAGUGAGUCCAUCCCAGAGAGAGCGGCCUUUGAAAGAAGAGCAGAAACUCUUCGAAAAUGCCUGGAGAAACAAGACCAGAAACUUCGACAACAAGGACAGUCAGAAGAAAAGUCUCGUCGUCCCAGGACACCAACACCAACACUCCCAACAUGACCAACACGGAACGCAGAAGUCUUUUUCUGAACUUCCGGAAGUGCUUGGUGUGCCUGGUGUGGACAUAGGCAGUCCAGGUGUGGCGCUGUCUGAGCUGGACAGUGAAGACAUGAGUUCUGAUGCUUCCGACUCGCCGAGGAACAAAAAACUUGUUGGCAAAGCAGUGCAAAAAUUCUUUUGGGCUGAAAUGAAGCAUCGCUUGGUCAAAAAGACUCGUCAUUUAGCUCUUGCCACCCGAACAUUAGUACAGGCUCAUGGCAGCCCAAAGGCUGGUUCUUUGAGCAACAAAUUCGACAAGAGGGUUGCGGGCAAGUUAGUGACAUUCGAAAAACAACUUAGUCAGCAAACACAAAACACAUCUCUUUUGAAGGAGGCAGCAAAGCGAGAGCUAUUGAACAUCUCUGCACCUUUGAGGGCUGAACUCAUGCAAAAGUUGCGAGAAAUCAUGAAGAAGAACAUGACCUCAGAUCCAGACAUGUGGGAACGCGUAAAGGUGCUGCAGCGCUCAAUGAUUGAUAGCCUGUGGGAGGAUGUCGAGAAAGAAAUCGAGCUGAAUGUUGAGCUGGCAUGGCUACAGCCACUGGAUCCCAACCAACAACCAGAGCAGGGCAGCAAAUGGUCUUGCUGUGAAUCCUGUUACCGUUUUGUCCGGCGGAAAGUGUUGCGGCACUAUUUGCCCUUCGACCGAUCCAUCUUCGGCAAGCUCAAAGAUCCAAUUUAUGUGGCUCUUACUCUUACAAUGCUGAUUCCAAAUGCAGGCUUUCGAGUUAGUGUGCUCUCAAUCAUUUUGACCUUCAUAUUGUUCCCCAGACCACCAGAUGAGUUUCAAAUCAUUAACUUCAUCCUUUUGUGCAAGGGUACACAGUUCCUGACUGGUGGUCUCGUGAGCAUGGGGCAAGGCGCAACAAUUUACUUUGGAUGCUUCAAUUGGCAUGAGACAGAUAUGACUGCGUGUAUUGCCCAGCGUGGCCCAGGCAAUGUCUCUUCUUUGAUUGGUGAGUUGGCAGAUUACUGGGGCAGCAUCGUUUUAGUUUGGAUUGCUUUUCUGAAUUUACCGUUUGCUCAAGAGCAUCGCCAGCAAAAGCGGUUGAAACUGCAGAGCCAGAAAAUUGAGAAAAUCUCUCAAGUUUCAGAAUCAGAAUCCAAGAGUCAACGCCUGAAAAUCGACAGAGGCGGACGAAUGUCAAGCUUGUUGAACUACGAUGUAGCAUGUUUUGCGUUCUCACUGCUGGUCCUGUUGGUCUUGACCGGUGGACAUUUGAUGAUGAGCAAAGAAGAUCACCAAGUGACCGCAUAUCGGCAUUUUCAAGAAGAUAUCUUUUGGUGCAAAGUCUUAUACUCAUUGCUUUCUAUGCCGUUCGCGCUGUUCACAAUUCAGCCAUUGCAGCAAGUCCUGACGCAUGCUGCACCAACUGGUUUCAACGAUUUUGGCGAAUGUGUGCCUUUCAGAAUGGCAGAGAAAGCCAUCGGUUCCGUCGGCCCCGUCGGCUCCGUCGGCUCCGUUUCCAUGGCUGAGCCAUGAGCAAAACGAGCUGAGGUCCUGACAAGCUUCGUUUAAAGAUGGGAGAUGGGCGUAGGGAUGAUGUACAGUUCAGUAUUAAGAGAAAGAAGAGCAAGAAGAGCAAGAAGAAAGAGAGGAGAGAGAAGAGAGAGAAGAGAGAGAAGAGGAGAGAGAAGGACAGGCCUUCAAAUUAGGCAACGUCAUACGUUUCACAUCUUCAUUAAAAGAGAGCAAGUAGCAGUGAAAAAA